AGCCGUGAAACUGUAUGAACGAACCAACUACUUGAGAGUACAAAGAAUACAAACCGCCAAUUUAUUCACACUGAUCACACAAACAACAGAUAAGUUCACUCAUUUCAGGUGAUUUGAAUUGAUCAAAAUCGAUACCAUUGUUUUCUUUAAUGAUUCUUAGAUAACGAACAGUCAUAACUAACAGCUGCUCGAGUUAUGACUUUGGGUGGUGAGUUAUUGAGCGCGCUUUGUAAUUCAGUCGAGCGGGCUUGCUUGAUAGCCGUGGAGCUGAAACGAUUCCUAUGUAAUUCUCUAAUAGAAGCUAAAGAAGACGAAUUAAAAAACGAAAAUGCCCAGUCUGAUUUUAAAACAUUCGCAGAUGUGCUGAUUCAACAAGUAAUCAUACGUGAUUUGGAAUCGAGUUUCUCAGAGUUGAAAGGACAAGUUUUUGGGGAAGAGUCGGAUAAAAUUACGGUUCACGGCAAAGUUGUGCCAGUAAAGUUAUCAGAAUCCGAUUCAGAUGUUGUGCAAACACAUCAUGUUUUGUCUGAGGUUCUCAAAAAUAAAGAAUGCAUCGAAACGUUGAUUGACAUAAUUCACAGAAAGGGUAAAUUCCAAGAAAAUUUAUGGAUGAGCGGAGAUUUCGAUGACUUUGAAAUCGAUCUGGGAAAUCUUGCGUUUUGGAUUGAUCCUAUCGACUGUACCAAAGAAUACAUUAAAGCUGCUAUCAAAGACUGUCGUGAUUUUGACAACCGCAGAACGGUGGAGCAAGGGCUUCCAUGUGUCACAUGUCUAGUCGGAGCUUUCGACGUCACCUCAGGAACUCCUAUUUUGGGGGUAAUCGCGCAACCCUUUGUCUCUACUUCGGUUUCCAUCAAACCAAGAACAUCCGAAGUCUUCAAUUCUGAACUUUUCUGGGGCAUCUGCACACCCAAAUUAAAAGCAACUAACAUAAAUCAGGAAAUUGUGAAGGAAAUUGGAAUUGCUAGAAAAGCUAAUGCGAGUACCGAACUCCCUGUGACAGUUUUGUCCAAAUCUAGUAAUGAUUUUCUCCAGGCACUCAGCGGUCAUUUCGACUCUAUAAGGACAUGUGGAGCGGGCAAAAAAUGUUUGACAACCCUUUUGGGUUUUUCGGAUUGCUUUAUAAAUUCAUCCGGAGGAGUUUAUUUUUGGGAUAUGUGUGGACCCCAUGCUAUUUUGUUGGCACUUGGCGGAGAAAUCUUUUCGUUGAUGGAAUUCAAAGAAAAUGGUCUAGAAAUGAAGCCAAUCAGAUACGCUGUUCCUUCGAAAUUUCCUCUGGAACAAGUAUCAGAGUGCUGUCUCAAAAAUGGCUUCAUCUAUGCUCUGGAAUAUGAAAAAGUCCUGUCAAAAUUGAAACCGUGCUUUUUAUCAGAGUGAGAAUAGAAGUAAGUCUUAAGUUUGCUUCGAUCUAUGGCGUCCAAGAAACCCCAAAGGCUUCAUAAUUUUGUAAUUUCAUAAAUAGUUUAAUCUAGCACUGCGACAAGAGCGUUCGGCUCUUUUUCCUUUUUCCCACCACCUCACUCAAACAUGAAUUUUAUGGUCUAACGAGUGGUUUUACAAGGUUAAUUAUGAAGACCAUAUAUGCUUGUUAUGGCCUAGUUAGUCUGCAUGUCAAUUUUCACGAAAAUCGGACAAAGUGAACAGUAACUUCAAAUAUAAAAGUUUGCAGGUGGGGGGGAAAAGGAAAAAGAGCCGAGCGUCCUAAUUCUUUAAAUUAUCAAUUCGUUUAGUGUUUUUGUGUUUACGAUAAUAAUUGAAGAAAAGUGCUGAACUGAACUGGAUGUUUUCAAAGUUUUGUGCUUUUCAAGGAGAUUGUUUUGACAAUAAAAAAAUAUAUAUAUUUUUUCUAAGCGCAACAAAGAAUAAAAUUUUAUUUUGUAACAUCCACUUUCAAUUUAUUCCCUUUUCCAAUUUAAAUGAUCAUAAUUUUAAAUACUUAUACAAUUUUACUCCCUGUAUUAUGAAACAUAUGUAUAUUUGUGACC